AGAAUAUCGCUACCUAGCUAUCUCGUGGCAGAAAUAUGCCACCAUAGAUUUCCAAUACAUUGAUAGUACUUGAUUGUGAAAAGGAAAAUGAGAAAAUUUAUUCAUAUUAAUAGCCUUAAACCAAUUCUAUUUUUAAAAAUAAUAUUUUAAAAAAGCGUAGGAAAACCAUGGCGUAAUUGACAGAAACCCAAGCAAGAAGUACACGUUGCACAACUUCAUUUGUUGAUAUUAUUACUAUUAAACAUACUUUAUAUUGGCUGUUGACGUUUUUUAUUUACGUAACACUAACUAUAAUACUUUAUGUUUGAAAAUUGGAAAUUUAUAAUCAUUAUUGAUAAAAUUUGCUAUGUGAAUUCUACUUUCAUUUCAAAUUUACGUUUGUUUUUAAAUGUAUAUUUAUUUAGUUUUCAGUGAAAGCAAACGACUUCGAACAUGAGAAAUUACUUUUGUAUUCUCCUUGUUACUGCUGGGAUACAGCUAAUUUAUGCCCAGCAGUUGCAGAAAGUUCCAAGAAAUCUCUCAGCACUAGCUGCCAAACUACAUCAUGAUCCAGACAUUCAGACUAAAAUUUACAGACUUUCACGUGAUGAUCAGCAGGUUGCGAAUUCGUUCAAUCGCACGCUAGAAGCUGAUGGUAGUAAGAUACACACGGAAAAAAAUCGACUUGUAAAUACAAGUAAUCCAACAGACGUGAAAGUAGACACAUUGAGAAAAACACUAAAAGCAAUGAGGGAUUCAGUGACAUCCUUACAAAGAUAUAUAAUAACACUAGAAAAAGACUAUCACAGUAGCAUAGAAGCUGUCAAUGGUAGAAAGAAACAACAUGACACAAACAUACAGACAACAAAGCAAACACUAGAAACAAUCCAAACGGAAAUAUCGAGCUUAGAACAUUUAAUAAAAGCACUUGAUGAAAGCAUAGGCACAAUUGAACAAAUUUCAAGAGAUUGUGAAAGCAGAGGCACACUUGAACAAAGUUCAAGAUAUUUAGAUAUCCAAGCGAAGAAUCUUAGAAGUGCAGCAAGGCAGAAGAGAGAUAAUGGGAUAUUUGGUGGUGUAACUAGUGGUGUAAUUGGUGAUGUAAUUGAUGAAAUUGGCCGUGUAAUUGGAGGAAUUUUCGGCGUUGCUUUAGUCCCGUAUACAGGUGGAGCAAGUUUAGAAAUCGCUACAGCUGCUACUGGAAAUCAUGUUGGUGUCAAUCUUAUUGUCACUGAUGAUUGUAAUAUAAAUGCGCGACGUAUCAGAGAGAAGCGGCAGCAAGCACAAACUGUUAGGACAAAACAAGAAUCUCAAAUUAAAACACUUCAGACAAGUUCAGAUAAACUACAACAGGCGGCUGACGGUCUUCAGGGUGCAAGCAGUUACCUUUGCUCAUCACUUGACGUUUACAAUGAUUUACUGCGAGCUCUUAGGAACAUGGAUACAGCGUUGAAAGAUACAGAACUGCAAAGCAACUCCUUUGUGAUAAUACAGAACGCGUUUGCUCGUUAUCCGGAAGCUUUAGGAGCCAAGUCACAGCAUUAUCUUGAUAAGCUUAAGGAGAAGUGGGUAAUGCUGGAGAAAAUAUUUGUGCAACACGGGGCAAAGGCCAGUCUGACAUAGAUGGAUUAUGCUUUAUGUGACAGAAACGGAUCUCCGUGUGUAAGGUGGAAAAGAUAUCUUGUAUUUCGGUGCACUUUUUAAUUACGCUAUCAUUCCGUACGAUGUAUAAGUCGUCUUCUGUUUUGAUGUACAAUACAGUCAACAUACUCUCAGUGUAACGAUGUUGCUUUAAAUACUACAC